UUGCAUGUGUGCGAAGAUAGUAGGAUUUUUUUAGCUCUAGCCUUCUUCUCAAUUUUCUAGCUCACUCUUUAUAGAAGUACUUACACAUGGCGGAAAAGAGUUGACAAGUGUACAAAAGUAUGACAAGAUCAUAGCAUCCGAUGAUGAAGACGAUGCUGGCAACAUUAGUGCUGAUGUGGUCAAAGUUGCGCACUUUGGUGGUGGCGAUCUCGAUUCCACCAGAAAUGGUGACGAAAAGCCCAGUCGAAAAGAUAUAAUUGCUGAGCUUAUUGCCAAGACUCGGCAGGCUAGAGAAAGUAAGCAGAAUGCAAAGGAUGAUAUGGAAACGGCCACAGAAGAAUUAGAUGCUAAGUAUCUGAAAAUUCUGGAUAAAGUAAAGAACACUUUUCGUCCCGUUGGAGCUACAAAAUCUGAGAAACCGCAAAAAGAUGACUACGACCAGCUGGCUUUGAGUCUCAAAAUUGAUGCCGAUGCACGAGCUACUCCAGCUGAACGCACGAAAACAGCGGAAGAACUUGCAGCGGAAGAGAAGCAUCAUCUAGAAGAAAUGGAAUCGCUCAGAAUCGCAAGAAUGAAUGCAGAGAAGAAUAAGCGUGGCCACAUCUCUAUUGACGCCGAUGUUUCGAAUGAACCCAAGAAGAAGAGCAAAAAGGAAGGCUUUGAAGUUCGCUUCGAUUCCUCUGGUGCCCUUUUGAACAAGGAUAAGGUAGAACGUGUGACCAAAAAGAGGAUCUUGGUUGACUCUGAUGACGAGGUAACUGAUGAGGAACUCGAGGGCGAGAAUGAGGAAGAGCUUGAUGAUUUGAUUGCU